UUUAAAAUAAAUCAAUAUAAAUUUCAUUUGUACUCAUGUUGUUACUUUCCCUAAAUCCUGAGAUUACCCAGGUAUAUAACUAAGUAUAAAUGGGAAUGAUGGGAGCGACAAACGAUAACAGUUCUGAAAAUCAAAACAACUCCGAUAGUCAAAUAUAAACAAAAUCUAAAUCAAUCCGUCACACAAACAAAAUGGCAACUGUCGGUGGAAAAGGCUGGAAUUAUGUUUCAGGCGUUCCCGAAACCGAGGACCAACAGAAACUGCGUUUUCAAGUUGAACUGGAAUUCGUUCAGUGCUUGGGAAAUCCCAACUAUUUAAACUUUUUAGCACAGCGUGGCUAUUUUAAAGAUUCAACGUUUAUCAAUUAUCUGAAGUAUUUGCUUUAUUGGAAGGAACCUGAAUACGCCAAAUAUUUAAAGUACCCGAUGUGUUUGUAUUUUUUGGAUUUGUUGCAAUAUGAACACUUCAGGAGGGAACUGGUGAACGCUCAAUGCAGUAAAUUUAUUGAUGACCAACAGAUUUUGUUGUGGCAGCAUUACACUAGGAGGAGAAGUAGGUUGUUAACUACACCAGCCACCAAUGGAAGUUCAGAGCAAAAUAUAAACAACACUGGAAACACUAAUAAUGGUUUAAAAAUGUCUUAGUUAAGAUUUAGUUUAGUUUUACUGUUAUUUUUUUAUAAUAAAUUAUAUUUAUUUGCAAAGA